GCCGCGAGCGCCACGAUGACGACCCCCGCGCUGCUGCCCCUGUCCGGACGCCGCAUCCCGCCGCUCAGCCUCGGGCCGCCCGCCUUCCCGCACCACAGGGCCACGCUGAGGCUCUCCGAGAAGUUCAUCCUGCUCCUCAUCCUAAGUGCCUUCGUCACCCUGUGUUUCGGGGCGUUCUUCUUCCUUCCAGACUCUUCCAAGCACAAGCGCUUCGACCUGGGCUUGGAGGACGUGCUCAUCCCGCACGUAGACGCCGGCAAGGGCGCGCGGCAGCCGGGCGCCUUCUGGAUCCACGGCCCCGACGAGCACCGGCACAGGGAUGAAGAAGAGCGUUUGAGAAAUAAAAUUCGAGCUGAUCAUGAGAAGGCCUUGGAAGAAGCAAAAGAAAAAUUAAAGAAGUCGAGAGAGGAAAUCCGAGCAGAAAUUCAGACAGAGAAAAGUAAGGUACUCCAAGAAAUGAAGACUAAAGAGAAAAAGCCACUGCCUCCAGUCCCUGUACCAAACCUCAUAGGAAUAAAUGGUGGGGACCCAGAAGAUAACGACAUAAGAAAGAAAAGGGAAAAAAUUAAAGAGAUGAUGAAACAUGCGUGGGAUAAUUACAGGAUGUAUGGAUGGGGCCAUAAUGAGCUCAGGCCUAUUGCAAGGAAAGGACACUCCACUAAUAUCUUUGGAAGUUCACAAAUGGGUGCUACAAUAGUAGAUGCUUUGGAUACCCUUUAUAUCAUGGGACUUCAUGAUGAAUUCCGAGAUGGGCAAAAAUGGAUUGAAGAAAACCUUGAUUUCAGUGUGAAUUCAGAGGUUUCAGUGUUUGAAGUCAACAUUCGAUUUAUUGGAGGUCUGCUUGCGGCAUAUUACCUUUCGGGAGAGGAGAUAUUCAAGAUCAAGGCAGUCCAAUUGGCUGAGAAACUCCUUCCUGCCUUUAACACACCUACUGGGAUCCCUUGGGCAAUGGUGAAUCUGAAAAGUGGUGUUGGGCGAAACUGGGGCUGGGCAUCUGCAGGCAGCAGCAUCCUUGCUGAGUUUGGUACUCUGCAUAUGGAGUUCGUCCACCUCAGCUACUUGACGGGAGACCCAGUUUACUACAAAAAGGUCAUGCACAUUAGAAAACUACUUCAGAAAAUGGAUCGUCCAAAUGGUCUUUAUCCAAAUUAUUUGAACCCAAGAACUGGUCGCUGGGGUCAGUAUCACACAUCAGUCGGUGGCCUGGGAGACAGUUUUUAUGAAUACUUACUGAAAGCAUGGUUGAUGUCAGAUAAAACAGACCAUGAGGCGAGAAAGAUGUAUGAUGAUGCUAUUGAGGCUAUAGAAAAACAUCUUAUUAAGAAGUCCCGGGGAGGUCUUACAUUUAUUGGAGAAUGGAAGAAUGGGCACUUGGAGAAGAAGAUGGGGCAUUUGGCUUGCUUUGCUGGGGGAAUGUUUGCACUCGGAGCAGAUGGUUCCAAAACUGAUAAAGCUGGCCAUUAUUUAGAGCUAGGGGCCGAAAUUGCACAUACAUGUCAUGAAUCCUAUGACAGAACUGCAUUAAAACUAGGUCCUGAAUCAUUCAAGUUUGAUGGUGCAGUAGAGGCUGUGGCGGUCCGGCAGGCUGAAAAGUAUUACAUUCUCCGUCCAGAAGUAAUUGAAACCUAUUGGUACCUGUGGCGAUUCACUCAUGAUCCAAGAUACAGGCAGUGGGGCUGGGAAGCAGCACUGGCUAUUGAAAAGUAUUGCCGAGUCAGUAGCGGAUUUUCUGGGGUGAAGGAUGUGUAUUCCUCCACUCCUACGCAUGAUGAUGUUCAGCAGAGCUUCUUUCUUGCUGAAACGUUAAAAUAUUUAUAUCUGCUGUUCUCUGGUGAUGACCUUUUACCUUUAGACCACUGGGUGUUUAAUACAGAGGCUCAUCCUCUGCCUGUGUUACAUUUAGCCAAUGCCACACUUUCAGGAAAUCCUGCUGUUCGAUGAAAACAGCUCCAGAAAGACCAUUCUCUCCUGUGUUUUGUUUACAUGGACCAUUACAGAAAUUAGUCUGGAGAGGGGGCUUUUGAAGACCUGGACCUCUUAAGUCAACAAUGCAGGGUGAAAUGUGACUAUUCCCCACGAAACUUUUCAGCUUGUAGAUAUCUCAACUUUGAAAUGAUUCCAUUUUAUACCUGACCAAAACAUAAUAAUCCGGUAUGUGUAAGACAGAAACUUGAUGUACUUUGAUUCUUAACGAGAUCGUCACAUGAAAAAUUAUGCCUGUUAAUACUAUUUUAUUUUUUAAGAGUUCUGGAGUCUGGAGGCUAGACUGCCUAAGAAUAAGCCGAGAAUGUGGAGCAUCUUACGGAAGUUAGAGAUGGCCUUUCGAACCAAGUAUAUAGCUGCUCCCGCCCAUGGGAAGCAGCUUUCAAAUCAAAUACGUACGCCUUGUUUGCCCUCUUUCUCUCCAUUUUUAGUAACGGAAUGAACUAAAAUAAACAAGAGUAAAAGAACAGAAUGACUGCAUCAGCAGCAGGAAGACUCAAAAAAGAGAGAGAAGUACCUGUCCCUAUCUGAAUUUCCACUUCCCUGGAUGACCAGACUGGCAGCCAUUUCAGGUCCCAAUCUACUUCGUUGAAAUUUCUUGGUUAGAUUCCAUGUCUCUGGGGGCAUGGUGUAACAAAGAUUACUCUUCAAGUCAUGUCUCCACGUGGAAUCUCUGAAUCCGCUCCUCAUUGGAACCGUUACUUCCGAGCCUGGGUUUGGGACUUUGUGCAUGAUGUUCAGUCCAGUGUCGAUAGCAUGACAAAAAGUGGGGGAAAUGCCGCAGUUUGUUGCCUUGAAGCCUGUUCUAAGAGAAAGCCUUGGUUUUGCUGGUAGGAGAUUUUUUUUCCAGAUCAGCACAUCUACCAAGUAAACUUGAUCCACUUUAACCUCAUUAUCAACUUAGAGUCCCUCAGUGUACAACUUUAUUUAUGUGGCUUGGCAAAAUUCAUUAUACUCUUAUGCAACUUUCAAUUUACCUUGAUGAGCCAAAUUACUUUUAUAACUUAUGAAAUAAAAAAUAAAAUACAGUGAAACUUCCUUAAAUAUUAUAUCUGGAAUGGGGACAGGAGAUCCCUUAUUUAUUACCAGAUGAGUGAGCUUUUCACAAAUAUUUUAUGUAGAAAAUAAAUUCAACUUUUAUUUUCUCCAAGAAUAUUUAUAGAAAUCCAAAGAAUCACAAUGCUUCAAAAUAAUUUUUAGUGAUAAAAUAUUGAUAUGAUUGAUCCUAUUACACUAAAUCUGGGUCUAUCUGAAGGACUUUCUCUUACCAUCAGUAAAUUUUACAAUAUUAUUUUUAAAGAAACUGCUAUUUCUUUAUAUUUUGGUGGAAGAACUUAAAUUUUAUCAAGAAUUAUAUUGUAAGAUAAAUAUCUAACAGAAUAUGCGUUUUCUGUCCCUUGAGGUUUUGUCUCCGUAUGAGAUGUCUUUUUCUGCUUUACACUUAAUACAUGCAGCUUCCGUGGACAAUAAAAGUUAGGAGUAGUAUAAUUAGCCUAAUAUUUACUCUGAAUUUGAAGAUUUCAUGAAACAAUGUGCCAGGAAGCCUACUUUGGAAUUCCAGUGGCUUAUUUACUUAUUUUGAUAGCUUUUCUUUUUAACCUUAUAUUAGCAUGUAGUAGGUUUAAAUUGGGGAAAGAUUUAAUAAAUAAAUGUAAUCAAAUAUUUUCUAAGGGUGAUCCUCUUACACCAGAAAUUGUCAAACUGCUCAUAGCACAGCAAAUGACCCAUUAACGGUAACCACCCAUGAUUUUCCAGGAUACAUAGAAAAAGGUGUAGAGUCAGUUGCAUUGAGUCUUUAAUAACAUUAAAUUUUAGCACAUAUUUUGAAAUUGUAAUAUCUUUUACUACUUGAAAAAUUAGAAAUUUUAAAUGUGAUGGGGACACGAUUGUAACUUUGGGAGGGAAAGCGAAAGUAUUUGGCGCCCAAAAAAGCAUUGAUGCUAGUCCUGAAAUAGCACAAGUGAAAAACUUGAGUUGGCGAAGACACAGAACAGCUCCAGAGGGGGCAGUGAAUCCCCCCCCCCUGUCCGGGAGAACACAGAAUAAAGGGGUGUCCUUGCUUCUCCCAAAAACUUGUCAAGGAAUGAAAAGACAGAACCCCACCACAAGGGCUCUGUUUAUAUUUUUCCAGUGACUGGGGCUUAGGAAACAGCAGAGACGCAUACAAGUCUGGCCAGUUUUGAGCAAGCCCAUGGCUUGCGGGGAACAGUGAAGAGGUAAAGAGGCUGCUUCACUGCUCCCCACUUCCUUAUGAUGGUGAGACUAGAGUUCCAGCAAUGCUUCCAUUUUUUUUUUUUUUCCUUCUCUGAAUACCAAAGGCAAUUAAAGUCAGCUACAGAUGACUUGCUGGUGUCAUGUUUUAUUUUUGUUAGAAAUUUUUAAAAUCGUUUCCUCCAAUUUCAGUCCUUAUCCCAUGCUCUGUUUAGUUUCCAAGAGAGUUCUUUCUUCUGUUCUUUAUAGUCGCUUGCAUUUUGUAGACCACUUCGUGUUAAAUACAGAAGGCCUAGAAAUGCCCCUUUCUGGAUGCCUCCUCAAAGCACUGACACAUCACUGUGCUUUGGGCACAAAUACGCAGAGCAGGUAGAUGAGGGGUUCCCUGGCGGAGGACAGUGGAGACUCAGAGCUCCUCUCUCUCUCAGAUGUUUCUGUCUCUUAGAAUCACAGUUUGGUUCAAACCAGAUUUUUCUUUGUUUUUUUUUUUUAUUCAACCAGUAUAAAGUCAUUAAAGCCAAGGAAAUGCGGCCCUAACCAAAAAGAAGUCUCUGCAGAAAAAUCAAUCCCCGAUCAGAGGAUUCUUGCUUUCUGGUGGGUCACACGUGUUUGCUGUUUUACCUCUCUGACUCUGACUUGUUCUUGUCUUGGAGUAGAUGUUUCUAUUUUAUAUGUAGAAAUAAGGCCUGGGCAUUGAAGGAAUGAGUUCCUCUUGUGGAAUAUGGACCCUGGUUCUCUCUGCUGUUAUCUGGGGUAACCUAGGACUUCACUUGGUAAACUUUAACCAAGCAGUUGAAGAUUUUGCUCCUGAACUUCUCAUCCCCACUCUCCAUUGCCAAAGUCUUUGUCAAAACUACGCAUUUGUUCAUAAAAGGUUGUGCUUGCCGUCCACAUUAUGCAGUUUCUCCUCAAGCCUGGAUUUCUGUGCAUGAAUGUGUGAGUGAAUCAGAACGAGUGAACAAACACGGAGUACCUGAUGUGCCAACCUUUGUGCUGGGCACUCUCACAUUUUAUGAUUCCAGUGGCAUUUUUGGUAGAAGAGUAGUCCAUACCAUUUUAAAUGUUUCUAGUAUGCGUCAUGUGACAAAAUCCUUAAUUUUAUAUUUCAUUUAAAUUAAAGAGGAAAAGAGAUGGUUUAUAAUAUAUUUUAAGCAAAGUGUUACUGUAUCCUACUAACAGCGAUAGUUGCAGUCGAUAACUAAAGUCUCAUGGAAACUGUCAAAUACUUGAUUUCUCAUGCAAGCUUAACUAAAAUAUUUACUUUAGAGAGAAAAAGCAUUCUUUUACUGUCUCACUCUAAGUACUAAUUAGAAAUUAAUGAUUUAUAGAAGUGCUGGUUAUUUUAUAUUCAAAAAAUUGGGGCACAUAAUUCAUGGGAAAAGUUUGCAGUUGUCAAUUGUUUUUGCUCUGCUAUGAGUCCUGCUAAUGUCCCCAUGCUGUUAAGUAUAAAGACAAAUAUACUAAAAUAUUUCUAAGUUCCAAAUAACAGUUUCUAGUUAGAGGAUUUUGAGUUCUUAUUUUUCUUUAGGUUUUCUUACCCUCCAGUUGGCUAGCUUGUCUUAUCUACUCUUUACAUAGAUAUAUACAUAAAUUAUACAUGGAAAUUUUAUUACUGUCUGUGUUAAUAAGUAAGGAACAAGUAAUUGUUAACCGGUUUUGGCUGCACAAAUUCUAAGCAGAAUAUUUGAGUUACCAAACAUGAUUUGGAGAUACUUUAAUGCACUUAUUCUGGUUCAGUCAAUAACAUUGGUGAAGAUGAUUUUCUGUUACUUCAGCUCUUUCAGAUCACCAUGGAGAUAUACAUAUAUACUGUCUGUAUUGAGUCAACAAGCGUUUCUGUAAGGGUCAGAUUAUAAAUAUUUUAGACUUUGUGAGCCAUACAGUCUCUCUCUGCUACUCAGUUCUGCUGUUGAAAAAUGGAAACAAGUAUAGACAAUAUGUAAAUGAAGGAGUGUAGCUGUGUUCCAAUAAAACUUUAUUUAUAAAACCAUGGCAGGCUGCAUUUGGCUCAUGAGUCAUAAUUGUUAACUUUUGGUCUCCAGUUUAAUUUAUGUAAGACCCUGUAAUCUCUGCUGCUUCUCUGUGUUUUGAAUUACAUAAUUCACCUUUUAAAGCAAAAAAGCUAUGUGUGUGUAUGAUUGUAUGUGUCUGUGUAACCUAAACUAUAGAUUUUGUUGUCUUCAAAAUGGAAACUGCCCUUCUAGAGUCUCUUCGGGUUUCAGGGUGAUAGGACUCAUGAAAGAGGCACAUUUUUCUGUUCCCGGUGUGUGCUGUCAGCCAGUAGUCACAUUGUAAGGCAGUUCCAGAGUCCUCAUGGAAAAAGAAGGGUCUCAGUGUCAUGCUCAAGUGGUAUCUGAAUACCCUGUCCGAGCGCUGCCUGCUCACUGACCCUUGGACCAGGACUCUGGGUUGCUGCGGCUACAAAAUCCCUGCACUUGAACACUCCGAGUCCUAUGACAAGAAUAUGACAGGAUGCCUGACCUUUGUGCUGUAGAAACUGAAUCUUUGUAAAAUUUUAAGUGGCAGAGAAUAGGUUCUGUGCCUCACUUGCUGGUGGGCAGUCACCUUUCAGACGGCACAAAGUCACGGCCCUCCUUCCCUGGGGAACAGUCCAAAUCUUGAGAAGUGCAGAGAGCAGUUUUCCUUCCUCUCUGCUUGCGCACCUCACCUCUCACACCCUUUACAAGUCAGUGGCAGUGUUUCAGAAUGUCCCAUGAAUCAUGUUGGAAUGAAAGCUUUCCUCAAACUUUUAUUUUCACCGUUUAACAACUAAGCCAUUUUAAAAUUGGUUUGCGCCCACAGAACUCGUGAGAUUAUCCCUGAAAGUACACAGCAUCUUCUCACUAGUUGGUACGUUGCAAUGCACCCAUCCUGAGAGAAUGGUUUUUUCACUAAGUUUAUGAAAUAUGUCACUGUCGGGGGAGAUUCUCGAGGAGGGGGGUCCUGUGUUUAGGGUGGGAGAGGGAGCGCAUAUAAAUGAGCUGCCUUUCCAGGUCUGCCACGCCAUCCGGGUGGUUUCAACUCAGUGUGAAUGUGAUUACACACAAACACACACACACACACACACACACACUUGCUGGUGUGCAGAGGCCUUUAGAUAACGGCUAUGCCUUGCAGCUACUUGAAUGUUACACGCUGCACGCCGGAAAGCUCCCUGGAGAGAAGCUCAGCUUUCUCGGGAACAUUUAUUUUUUGGAAAACUUUGAAUUAUUGUUGGAUUCAUUAAAAUAUCCCCAGAUUUAAUUACUGUAUGUGGACAUCGAAAUGACAUUCUUCAGUCUCACAGGUCCCAGAUUCAAUGGCUCCCUAAACUAAUAGCGGGGUGAGUGUGAGCUCCUAACUCGGUACCCACUGGCUGCUCCUGAACUGAUCUCCAGUCAUUUCCUCUCUGUGUAGUUUUUACAAAUUAAAGGUAAUAUCGUGUAUCAAAGAUCAAAUAAAGAUGUUCUUUAAGUGACAUUUUU